AUGACAGGGUGAAGUGAGUUGGCAAGUGGAUCAUGUCAACCGAGUAUGCAGCGCGCAUGGAGAUCCUGCAGCGCAAGCGUGAGGAGCUGUGCGUAUUCUCGUCGUAUCGCAUGUAUCCAGCUGAAGAUGACGAGGUUAUUUGUUCUGUUGCCGCAGAACGGCGCAGCGUCAGGCGAUCGAGAAGCGGAUGACGCUGCGUGAGGCGACUGCGGCAGAGUUCAGCGCUGUGGCCCUCCAGAGCGCUAAGCAGAAGUGGAAAGCUCAGCGGAAUGCUGCGAUCACCGCCAAGAAGCGCAACGACGAGUUCAUACGCUCGAUACACGAGGCGCAGAAGCAAGUGCACGAUACCUGGAGCAGACUUCACAGCGACCAGUCAAGCAGCAGUGCGCUGUUGGCUCAGGAGAAAGCGAGAUACAACCGACGAGUGGAGCAGAUCUACCCUGCCUGGCAGGAGCAAUUGCAGCGACAACGCGUGCAGAAGCUGAAGGAGCUGGAGGACAAGAAGAGGGCGGUGGAGAGACGUAGAUAUCUGGCCAAGAAGGUCGGGAGGCUGGCGCUGCUCCUGUAUAUUGGGUCGCUGAUGGUGGUGUGAGUGUUGUUGACGUGACAGAGCUUCGAGAAGGAGCAGACACUAGACGAUUUGAUUCGGAAGACGGUGCGUUGGAAGAUAUUGCAUUAUUGCUACAGCAACAGACGACAAACGUUGGAUUGAUUGCAGCGUCACGAGGUAGAAAUGGCGGAGAAUCUGGAGCAAAAUGAGUUGUACGAGAGGGACCUUUUGCGCAUGCAAAGCACAAACCAAGCCAAGGAGGUUAAUCAGAGUAUUCGCGAAGUGGCUUUAGAAGCGAGAAGUAUUCUCCAGCAACAAGCGGCGAGGCACUUCGAAGCGAGGCCUGAGCUAGACGAUGAACUUGCAGGUAUGGGCUGACACAAUGUUUAAGAAAAAUUAUGCUGCUAAUAUCAACUAACGUGAUACAGACAAAUUAUCCGAAACGUUUUCGCCGCGAAAUACUCUACGCGCCCUGCGAGAAGGCAACAGCUCACUUGUAUUUGAGGAUGACCAACCAUACGAAGAAGAGAAGCCUGCACGGCAAAUUCGAGUCGAAAUUCCGGCGCGUAUGAACACACCAACGCGUGCAUACUAUCAUGAAUUCAACCAAAAAGGGCCACAGAUGGGAUAUCUGGGUGAAGAAUACUUCGAAGACGAUGUUGUCGAUGAGAUGCCACGCCAAAUCAAAGCACCUUUCCACUCUAUAACAAGCCAGGAAUUCCCUGCCAGCUCAUACGCUGGAAGCGACAACAUAAAUCUCAGCAACAGGAACCAGACUGCAGUCGCUGUACACAAUAAUCCAUCUUGGGCUUCAGCUGCAAACGCGAUCCCUGCAGGUGACCACACUAUAUCUCAGACGGCAUCUUACCCAGAGAUUUUGAGAAUGAAUCAACAAAGUCCAGCUCCACCCAGCACUCUUGAUCGCAGUAACAUACGUGAAGAAAUAACCAGUCCACCGGGUUACAAGACGGAAGGUUUACCCAUAUUAGUAGCCGGGAAGCUAUAUCCCAUUCCUGAGGCCAACGAGCCGAUUUCUGCAAGUAGAACGAUCUCAACGGUACCAGACAGAGUGGAUAUUCGACAGUCCGAGAUCAAUUACACUCAUGAGCGUGAUAGCCAGAGCUCUGUUGUGACGGAUUCCUCGGCGCCUUUGAGUACUCCUCCAACCAAAAUUACAGAAAAUCGGGAUGCUAGCUCUCCAGCUGCGCCCGUCACAGUUGUUACUCUUGCCAAUGACUCUCUGCGUUCUCGUGCGGAUAUAUAUCGACCGAUUGAGCGUCAAAAACCCGUCGUAGCUCCGGAGAUCUUGAUCCCAGAAGCCAAAAGCCAAAAACCUCCUGCGAUUAGCAUUCCAGAACCCAACGAGUCAUCGCUGACAAACUCUUUCAUCACCGAAAGAACUGCUGUGGGUCCGGUUAAAGUACAUGGAUCGAAUGAUGGGGUUCAUAGUAAAACAGAAGCUGACGCUGCUCUACCAGGUCUAAAGCCUCCAGUGGAUGAAGCCAGCGAUGUUUCGGUGAACACAGACACUGUCAGUACCCUAAUCCAACCCGACAAUACGAGCACACCCGCUAUCGCAGCUUCUGAAGAGCCGAAUGAAACUGCAGCCGAAGAGAGCGACAGCAACAAGAUCGUACCUCGCGUAACCAUAGACGACCACGAGCGUGAACACAACAGUGCGUCCAAGGUGGAUUCAUUCCAUGAUGCGAUACCCGUCGGCAGCACGAUAAACCCGACCCUAUUGGUGAUGGAGACGACAGCUUUCAAUACUGUUGAGGUCCCCACUGAGAUACAUGACACCCCCAACGAGAAGGCAGCAGCCAGAAAAUCCGAAGCCCUACCACCGCCGAUCUCGUACAGAUUAGAUUUGCUGGAGCCCUUUUCCACUGCCUCGACGCCACGCAAUGCUCAACCCGCGGAAGAUGAUAUUAUCCUAACCAGUAUGCAAAGUGAAGACUUUGAAGUACCCGCUAGCAGCAUUGAGCCAACUGGAGAAACCAAUCCAAGCGUGCCGAGCGUCAACGACACACCAGUUGAAAAUAACGUCAGUACUGUGGUGGCCUCAGCUGAAGACCUCACAAAUCCACCCGAGCCUUCAAACCCAGCUCCAGAAGAGGUAAAAACUGCAUCACUAACGGAAAAGCUGUCACCAGUGGACCGUGUGAAGGCGCUGGGAGCUUUGAUCAGCCGGGUAGAGGAAGGCGCGACUGAUGGAGACAAGCUGGGUGAAGCAACCGAUGCUGAAUCAUCAUACGAGUCAAAGCGCGAGCUACUGAAGAUGGCAGUGGGAGGACGCAAAGCACAGAUUGCAUUUUACGGUUCCGAUAUCUGCUUCGAGCUCAUUCUGGACAUCUCACGGGACCUUGGACCAGUGCUCUUCCCAUCGAAGGCGUUUGAAGGGAUCAUGAACGACCAAAAGAUCCGCAAACUCCACCAGAGCAACAAGGAAAAAUUGCUCGACUUGUGGAAAGCACUGUCGGGCCAUCUGAAGCAACUUGCGCAGUUGAAGGCGAUCCCCAUGGGUACCCUUGUUGAGCUGUUUGUGGCAGCGUUCCUCGCCCACGACCCUGACAACCAGCGAUCGCAGCGAAAGCUCCGCGAAUUCAUGGUAACAGUGUGUGGAGGCGGUGAUAUCAAGACAUCAAUACCUCGUAAGGAAUCCUUCGGCUCAUCGAAGCCUCCGUUUUCGCAAAGGCACGAACAACGCACACCAAGCCCAGAACCUGUGAAACCUGCCGAAUCUGAGGACAGGAUCGGGACCCCGCAGUUGCUGCAGACGGCGUUCUUACAACGACAAAGCCCACCGAAACCAAAGGUGUUCGGAAUCGCAUCGUCCAGCUUCAAAGACCGAUCAAGUGGGUCUUCCGAUGUGCUCAUGUCCAUGAGCUCCGGACCCAUGAAGCUAUCUCAAAAGUUGAUGCGCGGCGGCAAGAUGAACGAUUACUCGGAGUUCGAAGAGGAAGAGGAGGUGGAUCUGCAAAACCUCAUCGGUUCAAAGUCCACGUUCACCUCCGGGUCCUCCGCGCUGAGCAGAUCGCACCAAGCGUCCAAGACAUCUCCAACCGGCUGGUCUGCUGGGAGAUCCGCUGCCGCAGAAGAAGAGAGCGACGAAUUCGACUUCUAGCCAACGCUAUAUUUUGCGCUGCAUACUAUUAGCCUGGCCCCUUUCAACUGUAUCUGGCAUUGCGACCACACGAGGCAUGCGGAGCCCCGCUACGUUGCAGUCCACCUGAUACCGGCGCAAUGCAUUCGUCGUGCAAUUGCGCAUGAAGGGACACGUUGCCACGCAUCUGGCAACAUGGGUACACCUGUAUAUUUUAAUCUCCCUGGUGUAUCACCUGCCUGUGGUCUCUUUCUAGAACCUGUCAGAUUACAUUUCUAUCUUAUCAACUGUAUGCACCCUUUUUUACCUUGACAUUUGUAUCGAAGUUCAGAGGGGGGG